AUGAGAGCUUUUAUGAAUCCGAAGAGUGCCAACUCGAACAAUGACAACAACAAGGGUUCUUCAUCGGUUCCAACAACCACCGUUUUUUCCAAUGAUUCCAAUCUUCUACAAUCUAUUUACUUUUCUCACAUGCAACAAAAUUUAUUAUUGUUGGAAGAGGAUGAAACACCGAUGAGCGCUUACACCCAUCAACCUUUAUCAGGCAGUAGCAAUAACAAUUACAACAACAAUAAUUAUACCAACAAUACAGAUCCUUCUCCUAUGGACGGAUCUAAUAAUUUUAAUCAACAACAACAACAAUAUAAUUUUGUGGAUUUGGAUGGUUUCGGUUCUAUUGGUCCUCUCUCUCAAUUUGAUAUUCCACUCUCUAUCAAUAUCACAGGAUAUCAAUUAACACACAAGGAAGAGAAAAAACAAAGAGAACGAGAAUUGAAACGAGAAGCUGCCCGAUUAAAAAAGCAAAUGGAAAACAAGAAGACUGCUGUGCUUCGGGAUGAAGCCGAUGAGAUGGAAAAACGAAUGAAAUAUGAUGGACUUUCAUUCUUUAGGAAUGGGUUUAUGAUUUUCACAAACAGUAGCGAAACUGAGCUGGAUGAAGGUUCUGACCGAGGUCGACCCAGUUUUGCAUCACAAGAUGGAGCUUGUUUAUUUGAUGAGGGAACUGGAAUAACCAGUGACAUUAUGUAUGGUGAAUAUCAACAACAAGAGGAUGAAGCUGCCCAUGAUGAAGUGGAUUUGUUGGAGCAACAAUUAAUUUAUUUCUAUCCCAACACUGUAGAAAAACGUUCACAGUUGAACAUUGUGGGAUUUAUUCAGUCGUUCUUAAUUUUCUCAGAUUCCUUUGCUCCUCUCAUACCUGACACUUGUUGUGCGGAAAGUAUUCAUGAUUUUGACUUGAUCACGAGCGGAUCGCCCUCUCCAAAUAGCAGUAGCAGCAAUUACGAUCAUACAGAGUCUUUACUGAGCGCCUCAUUGAAAGCUGAGGCAAAUCAUUCGAAUAGCAACAAUGUCUAUAUGAAUUCCAAAGAGUGUAAUCAUCCUGUUAAUUUGAUACAAUUCAACCACUCCAAAAUGGCAAUUGUACGAUAUUACAAUGUGAUUUAUUGUUUAUGCGCUCCCAUCAGUACUCCAAAUAGCAUACUUCACGAAAAUUUAAUUCACAUUCUGAACUCGUUUGCAUUUAUUUAUGGCUCCUAUAAUAUUAAGGAAAUUUUAUCAAAGAAGAGUUGUAUCAACGAGAGACAAAUUGAUAUUGAUAAGGUAUCGACUGAUUUCUAUGUGUCAUCUUCAGAUUGUAAAUAUGAGAGCACAAUUGAUGUCUUUGAAGAUAUUGCUGAGGGUCCUUUUCCAGCUCGAUCCAUGUUUCAUGACAAUAAUUUGAAAAUUCCAUGGAUCGCGUCUCCGUAUAGCCCCAUUGUUUCAAACAGCUACAAACGAAAGAAGAGUGCUAACAGAUGGAAUGCUGAGCAACAACGAGUUUUGGAUGAUUUUUGCCUCCUCAUCAAAAUGUACACAGUGAGUCAAGCUUUACAAUCGUCAGUCGACGAGUCACUACCCAUUAAAGCAAUGACACAACGAAUUUUCCCAUUUGCAAUUCCCUACACAGAAAUACCUGAGAAAAAUAUUUUCAUUAAGGCAAUGGGAAUUUUGAAUCAACUUCAAGAUGCAUAUGGUAGUAAUAGACUUCAUAUAUCACCAAGUUAUCAUUUCACCUCUAUUGGAACUUCACUCUCGGGUAUGGUUCAAAAGCAAUUGGAGACUAUCAACCAUGGAGACUAUCUUGAUCAAGAGAAUUUACUUAAUAGGACACGCAAGGGCUCUCUUAUUGGAUCAGCUCUCUUUUUUAUGAACGAAAGUGUCAUGGCUGUCAACAAUUUGGACGAACGUGUGUUGCAAUAUAUUUUGUUCCGUUUACGAUGCAUUGAGAAGAAUUUUUGUGAAUAUAAGGAUUUCUUUGACGAGAGUUUUAAUGCAGAGAUUGUUUCUAGCCCAACUACGAAAGCAUUUGCUCCAUCACCUUACACUGCCAACGCAUCACGACAAGACUCUUCAAAUGUGACUCCAAUUCCAUUGAGACAAUUUAAGAACACUCCAAGCACUCCUGUGACAAACACUCAGAGUCCAAUGGCUAAACCAGUACGGACCAAUAGCUUGUCUAAUAGCCUUACCCCAGGUGGCAAUGCCACUCCCCGAGGCACACCGACUGGUGUGAGUCCACUGGCAAGAAGCAUCACCAAAGCAGGAAAUAAUUCUUCCAAUAAUUUAUUGAGAGCUACCACUACCCCAGAAGCUCGACAACGAAUGAUGACAGCCGAUAAUUCACCUGGUGGUAUGAGCACAUUAUCAGCACAAAGCAGCACCACAAGUGUUAUUACGAGUCCAACUACAAACAACAGUAAUGAGACGAGCGUGUUUGGAGUGAAUGCUUACAAGACAAGUGAUGAUUGGUUCAUGUUUGAAACGACCUCAGUACAAGAUUUGCAAGGUUCCAAAGAUGACGAUCAUCAAAUAACUGAUGAGAGAGAGAAAAUUUCUCGCAUCAAUUUGGAUUACAAUAUGUUCAUUAUUUCUGGAAAAAAAGAUUCUGAGUUUAUUUUGCUAAGUGAGGAGGAUCAAAUCGAUUACACUGUAGUUUAUAUGAAUAGAGAGGAAAAGCUUAGCACUAUUAUGGAAAAGCAUGUACUGGUUACAUAUAGAUUUAGAGAUUUAUCGUUGUGCACUAUUUGGAAAUUUGAGGAUACAUUUAAUUGGAGGUGUGAAUUGAACGAUUGCAUUAUCAAAAUAAGAACUGAAAUGAGACCAAUAUUAAGACAAAUUUCUCGAAAAAUGGAUAGAAGUAACUAUACAAAUUUACUUUUAAUGAGAGAGGAGUCUGCUCCUUACAAGCUUCAUGGAAAUGUUCGAUGUAAACGACCAGUCAUUGCCACCACCAUGAAUAAUGCAAGUGGAAAUUCCAACAAUAACACAGAGCAGGACUCUGUAUUUUGCCUCAUUUAUGAUCAAUUUAAUAACAUGGUAACCACCACCAACACCAGUAGUAAGACAUUCUUUGUCAACGUGGCAAAAGCAAGAAAUACAUUUUUAACCUCAGAGAAUCAACAAGUCGAGUGGUGGAAUGAAACCUCUAAGCGUCACAGCCAACAUUUCCACAAGCCAUCCAAACAAGUAUCAAAACUCUUUUUAAAGAAUGACCGAGAUGGAUAUAUUUAUUCAAAGCAAUUAUUCGGAAGUCAGGUUUAUUAUUACAAGCAACAACAACAACAAGACACCACCACACAAAAUCCACCAAAAACAGCGGCAUACUUUUCACUCUCUAAACUUGAACAAUCUGUCAGAGAAUCUAUUAGGAAUGAAUUCAAGAUUAAUUUGUUGUAA